AUGAUCCUUCCAUCGAAGUUGAGCUUGGCGCUAUGUACGCUAUUCACUUUAGCCACUCUAAUAUUGAUUGUGGUGUCUACCAGCGGUUCCACCUCGAACUACAACCCACUUAAUAAGAUCUACAUCGGUGAAGUUGACAUUUCUCACAUCAGAGUUGAUAAAUUGUUGCCUAAGGCUUCGCCUAUGGUGGCUGUUCUGGCCGCUGCCAUGAAAGCGCCAAACGCUUCCUAUGCACAAAUUUUUGCUGCUUUGAAGGCCAUCUCUACCACUGAAGCCUUGGACCCUCUAAUGGGUGUUUUAACUCCAUCCAACAACGUUUCUGAGACCCUAGACGCAUUGACUGUUUUGGCACCAGCUGCCAUCAACGGCACUAACUCUUCUACUGCUGAAUUGAACGCCAUCUACAACUUGGUUGCCGACUCUAAGGACACCAACACAACUUUGAAGAGUCUCUCUUCUUUCGUUGCUCUGGCUUCUGACUUGCAAAAGCAAAAUGCUACCGUUGUUAUGCAAAUGCAACAACAAUUACAACAAGCGUUUGGUUUGUUGGAAGGCUCUAAAAACGUGUCCGCUACCGUAGCUUCUUUGUCCUCAUUGAACUCCAUGAAACAAGAAGAAAAGCAACAAUUGACUCCAGUCUUUGCCUUGUUCGCUGACUCUCGUAACUUGAACGGUACUUUGUCUGCUGUCUCUACUUUCAUGACUACUGCUGUCUCUGGUGAACAAGCACAACAAUUGUUUGGUGCUUUGUCCAAGUCUGACAACGUUCCUCAAACUUUGCAACAACUGCAACAAGCAGCUUCUAACGAAGAAAAGGUUAUCAUUGGUGCUUUGGCUACUUUGUUGAACUCUUCAUCAGACGCUACCAAGGACUUGACCAUCUUGCAAUCCCUAUUGCAAAACAAUGUCACCUCUUCUCAGUCUGCUAAGGAAGCUUUCUCUGAUCUAACAACUUUGAUUGCUUCUUCCAACGACACUGCUACCACCUUGACCACUGUUGCUGCAAUGGCUAACACUACCAGCGAAACUACCACAAAGUCUUUGACUAUCUUGGAAGAAAUGUUAAACGCCUCCAAGAACCAAACAAAUGUUAUGUUAACCAUCGGCGGUUUGCAAUCAACCCUUUCCAAGAGUGACGCAUCUAAACAAAAACAAGUUGAAGCCUUGUUUGCUCUAUUGAAUUCCUCUAGUAACCCAACUGAAACAUUCAAGGCAUUGAACGAAUUGACUGCUAUCGCUCAAUCUAAGCCAGCUGUGUUCACUCCAAUUUUGGAUUUGCUAAGGGAAGCUACUGCCUCAAACCAAGUUAUUACCCUGGCUGAUAUCAACGAAAUCAUGCCUGACAUUAUUUCCAACUUGAACAUUGCUUCUCACUUCAGAUUGGGUAUCUUCACAUACUGCCGUGUCAACAAUGACAAGAAGGUCUUGUCCUGUACUAGUCCUAAGGCCGUUCAAGGUUUGGACAUGAAGCAAAUCUUGUACGAUGAAUUGGAACAUUCUGAUUUCAGACCAUACUUGCAAGCUCUAAACAUCCACAGAGAAGACUUAGUUUUGGUUGGUAAAUUGCCAGAUAAGGAACACCAAUACAAACCAGCUAUCAGAGCUAUCUUGGCCCUAAACUUGUUGGCCAUCAUCCUAUCCUUCUUCCUCUUGAUCUCCAUCGUUUUGACCUUCUUCAACAAAUUGACUGGCAGAGUUAGCAGAUGGGUCCCAUCUGGUCUUGCCCUCUUUGUCGUCAUCUUCUCUUUGCUAGGUGCCAUCAUUUCUGUCGUUGUUACUGAAAUCAUUAAGGAAGGUACUGCUAAGGAUCAUUACAACGUUGUUCACAAGGGCGGUAGCAGCUACUACGGUAUGGUCUGGACUGCUUUCGUCUUGUCAUUGAUCACAGCAGUUCUAUUGUUGUUGUCAAGAUCUCCAAGAAGAGACCAAAACACCUUGGGUCAAGUUGAAGAAGAGACCUCUUCUUCUGUUGUACCAUCGGACAAAUUGGAAAGUGAAACCUCUCCAGAAAAGAAGCAAACUGACAUCGAACGUGACGUUGUUGCUGAAGACGAGUAA